AUGCGUCUCUCACUCGUGUCUGCCGUGGCUUUGGCCAUCUCCGCUGGAGUUCUUACUAAUAAACAUUCAGCUCUCUCCGUCACUGAGCCUCAGAAGGGUUCUAACAUCGGCCCCUCCAGCUCCGUCACUGUCAAGUGGACCUCCGUUGACACCGACGCCUCUCACUUCGAUAUCUACCUGGUCAACAAUGCGGUCUACCCUCCUGUCAACAAGGAGCUUGCUAAGGACAUCGAGACCUCCAAGGACUCCUACACUGUCAACAUCGGCGACGUUCCCAACGGACAUGGCUACCAGAUCAACCUGGUCUCUGAUGCCAGCAUGAACACCGGUAUCCUUGCUCAGACUGGCCAGUUCAACGUCACCGAUUCUUCUGAGACCUCGUCCUCUUCCACUACUUCAUCCGCUACCACCACUUGGUCCUCCACUGGCUCCUCUACUAGCACUUCCUCUGCUAGCUCCAGCAUCACAAAGGGCUCCACUGGUGUUGUCAUUUCUACCAGCACCGGUGUCAGCACCACCGUCGCCAUUACUACUGCGGUGAACAACACCCACACUGCCGGCACCACUGGUAUGGUUACCACCGCCUCCGGCUCUACUGGAGCCCAGACCACUGGCACCAACAGCACUGCGGCUCCCCUUCAUUCCACUAAUGCAGGUGCCGCUAUUCUGGCUCACCCCGCCGCUGCGGUUGGUGUUGUUGGAGGUGCCCUCGCUUUCAUGCUGUAA